CGCUCCCCGCUUCCCGCCCCGCCUCGCUCCGCUCCGGCCUGAAGCGGCGCCGUGAUGGCUCCGGCUGCUGAUCGGGAGGGUUACUGGGGCCCGCCGACCUCCACCUUGGAGUGGUGCGAGGAGAACUACGCCGUCUCCUACCACAUCGCCGAAUUCUGGAACACAGUGAGUAACCUGAUUUUCAUUCUACCUCCAAUCUAUGGUGCGAUUCAGACCUAUAAAGAUGGCCUUGAAAAACGGUAUUUAGCUGCAUAUUUGUGUCUUACAGCUGUGGGAUUGGGAUCUUGGUGCUUUCACAUGACCCUGAAGUAUGAAAUGCAGCUGUUGGAUGAACUGCCAAUGAUAUACAGUUGUUGUGUGUUUGUCUACUGCCUGUAUGAAUGUUUCAAGUACAAGAACACAGUCAAUUAUCCACUGCUUUUCUUGUUAAUAACAUACAGCUUCGUAGUCAGCAUAGUUUACCUAAAUUUGAAAGAGCCUGUAUUCCAUCAGAUCAUGUAUGGAACACUAGUUUCCAUUAUAGUUCUACGAUCAGUAUAUAUAGUAUUAUGGGUAUAUCCAUGGCUUAGAGGUCUAGGCUAUACAUCUUUAACUGUAUUUUUAAUGGGAUUUUUUCUCUGGAAUGUGGACAACCUUUUCUGUGAUAAAUUGAGAGCACUACGAGAGAAGAUGCCUCCUGUUGUGGGAGCUGUGACACAGUUUCAUGCAUGGUGGCAUAUUCUCACGGGCCUGGGCUCUUACCUUCAUAUUCUGCUAAGUUUAUACACAAGGACGCUUUUCCUGAAGCACAGGCCAAAGGUGAAGUUUGUUUUUGGAAUAUGGCCUGUUCUUCUUGUGGAGCCACCCAAGAAGCUUUGACUGAGACCUAGGCAGACACAUGCGAUCAUCUAGCCUGGCUGAAUAAAGCAAUGCAACGGUUACUAUGGCUGAAGUGUCAAAAUUAUGAAUCAAUUCAAGUACCAUUGUUAUAAAAGGACUUCACUAUGUUACCAGGCCAGCUGGCCAGAACAGAGCAAAGAGUUGACACACUAGGGGAAUAAUACUUAGCAGAGCUUUAUUCUAAGUUGUUACAACAAAGAUUAAGACACAAUAUUUUUAUGUAUAUAUUGUAUAGCUGAUGAUACUGAGCUAAUAUUUCGUGCUGGUCACAGAAAACUAACCAUUUUUGAAGUGGAUUGCAUACAUUUUUCAUUCAGUUGUUCUUUCUGUGGUUUAAACUAAUAUUAGUGACUGAAUGAUAAAACUAGGCCUUUGAUGGCCAAGCUAAGCAUUUGUGUGGCCUAUAGUGAACUGAAUGCUUAACCGAAACUACUUUAAUCAUGCUUUUUCCACAGCCUCCUUAGCAAUUUAUAUUUUAAGCAAAAUGGUUGGGAUACCUGUGCCAUUUAGUUCAUUUUGUAUCAAACUUCCAUUUUGUCUGUAUUCCAACUGAGGUACAUCAUGGAGGAUGUUCCAGGAUGUGACCGACAGAAGACACUUAAGACGGUGAAGCAUUUUUUGGGUUCUUGUCCAUGCAUAGAAACUGAAUUCCUAAUUUGUUUGAAUAGUGAUCCAUCAGGAGACUGCAGGGUGACCGUAUAAACACAACAAACACUUUUUUUUGUAUUUUAUAAUUAUUAUUCACAUACCUUCUUUUUCUAUCCCUAAUGACAUCUAACUCCUGAUGUUGCACUCAUAUGUGUGCUAGUUCAGCUUUGAAUUCAUCUCUUUCUCUUACUUUACAAGUCUUAAAUAUUGGUCUGAGUUUUAGAAGCAUCUUCUUAUUCAGAAACAUUGAAGAAAGACUAAAGAACCAGAUUAAUGUUGAGGGUACCCCAAAAUAUAUUUAUAACCCAUAAAAGCAAAUCCACUUUGAUUGCUUGUUCUUAAUCUGUCCAUCACACAGUUACUCUGUGGAAAGUUGACCACCUUUUGAAAACCAAACUUUGGGAAUUGAUGGGGCGAACAAACUCUCUGGUUUCUGCAAUUUUUGUCUCCCCAGCUGAUCACAGUUAAUAAGUAAGCAUAAAGAAAACAUUUAACUAACAGUUUUUAUAAAUAUACCUCAUACUGGAGGCUGUGGUUUUGACUCUUAAGACCGUGAGGCAACUAACAGAGUUUGUCUCUGGACCUCCUAGCUGCCAUGCUAUGCAAUUUUUGUCUAUUUUUGAUGCUUUGAAGGAUUUAUCUUUCUUGCCAUGAAGAAAAAAAGGAAAUUGUUCAGACUGAUUGGAAAUCCCAUUCUGUAUUGAUUUAGAACGUACUCAUAGCAGCAAGGCACGGUAAUGUAGCUAUAAAGCUGCCUCCAAGAUCACAAAAGUCUUGGCUAACGUAAGCUUUCUUGCUCUGAUUGCUGAAAAAGUUGGACUGAAAUCCAUAUUCUACAAUCAAUGCUGACUAAAAUGGUCUCUCCCCUUUAAUGUAUUUUUUCUUUUCUUGUUUGCAACUUAGCUGUAUCCUCCAUGUCCACCAGCAGCAUUUCUAUUGACCUGGAUCUCUAAAUAAAGCUGUAGCUUUUGUUGUGUGACUGACCUUCAGCUCUUGAGAUCAAAUAGACCCAACCUGAGGGCUAAAAAGAGAUACUUAACCUCCAGUGAGAUCAAAGCACGUGCUGAUGGCAGUGCAUUUCAGGCGGUUAUCAGCAGACCACUAUAGAGAUUCUCAAAUAAAAAUUUUAAAACAGAUAUGUUGUCAGUAGGCUCCAGUUCCAUAGAGAAGGCCAACUUCUGUGUUGGGCAAUUGGAGUGAACUUCAGGCUGAAAGAUGUUGGAAUAACUAGCAUAGUGGUAGGAAAAUGCUGUCUUGGAUCAAGUGUCUUUAAUUAUCCAGAAAGCGUAUUUUUUUGUAAGGAGAUUUAAGAACUGUUUUUCAAAUGUAGCUUAAAAAUAAGUGCCUGCCUGUUUACUUCCAGGCUCUCUCAAGCAUGCUUCUGUACACUGUGUCCAGUUUUCUUAUUUCUAUGUUUACAUGUUUUCAUAAGUUAGGGACAGAGUCCUGUAAUAGGAGCAGUGCAGCAACAAGACCUGUCAACUUCUGACAUCUAGGUAUGGUAUUAUUUUUAAGAAAACGAACAAAACAUUUAUUUUAGUGGCCUUAGUUUUGUUAAUGGAGGAUCUGAGGUCUCUGUUUGGUUUCCCAGUAAUUGCAGGAACCAGAGUGUACUGAAAACCACUUCCUUGUUGAUAAAGCAUCUCUACAGUGGUAAAUUUUAAAGACAUAUGUUGAUGUUCCUACGUGUUUGCAGCUAGGAAGUCUGUUUCUUUUCAGAUUGUAUUGAAUUAAAUUGUCCAGAUUUUUUAAAAAAACUUGGAAAAGCUCAUUGUAACUUUAUGCUGCUGUUAGAUUUUCAUUCACCUAUCAUUUGUCACUAAUGUUUUUUAUCUUUAAAAAAAAAUUAUGCAUAUAGGUUUCUUCAUUCUAAAUGGCCAAAACCAUGCGCAUCUCUACCACCCUUCCAGCAGCCUUUCUUUCAGGUUAUGUUAGACCCUGAAGAAUGUAAUUUACAUGUGUGUCCUGAGCAUAAAUCUAAAUUUAUGGGUGCUUUGAUUUCACUGCCUUACUGAUUUUGUGAGUGAUAUUGAAAAUGGCAAGCCAGUUUUAAUUGUCACUGAAAUUCAGACUGCCUUUUCUAGUGCCUGGAAAGAUACACAUCCUUUGUGAUGUGUUAAAUGUCUGUUAAAUUGCUUUUUAUUUAUAUCACCCUUAUUACAUGCUGACUUUUUUUCUACAAACCUUACAGCAGCAUAUCCCAAACUUUUCUUGCACUACAUUUUAUAAGAUGGAUCAUUUUUGAUCCUGUUUUUUGAGUAGAAUUCAGACAGCAGCUGCUUUAAAGGGAGUUCUGGAAGUAGUGGGUGUCUUUUAAUGUGAAUCCUACAGGAUAUAUUGAACAGACUUAAUAGCGAUGAACUCUUAUUAUAUAACAUCUGUGAAGAACCAGGAAAUCUAGAGCCCUGGAAAAUAAAAGCUGAUGUUUAAUAGAGAUGGGCUUUCACACUGCUCAUAGGAAAUCCUGUACCAAAAUGUUUUCUAAAUUAAAGCCUUGGUAAGUUGCUGCAGAAGAAUUUUUGUUGUUUAUACUGUUGUUCCCUGGAUUUUGGAAGGGAGAGUUUAAAGCAGCAUAAACAGUAGUUAAUCCUUAGGCUGAAAAGGAACUACUUUUUCUCUUGAUCUUCCACACUGAUGUUGACUACUUAAUGUUGACUCAUGAACUCAGCUUAAUGCACUGAUGAUGUUUACUGUCUUAGCAAAUAACAUCUGUCCACCUGUAAUGGACAUGAAAUACCCCACAUGUUAUGUGACCAAACUUGCUAACAUUGAUACUGUUAAUUCCAGUAUAAUUUUUCUUUCUCUGAAAUUCAGUAUAUUGUUGCAGAUAACUACACUGUGACAGAUGAAUAGCAGUUGACCUGUAAAACACAGCUGCAUUGAGCAACAUUGACAGUUUUGAUAUACUGAACUGAUUCUUUAUACCAAACCAGCUGGUAACUAACACUAGGCUUAUAUGUAUCAGCAUAUCUUGUUUUGCAAAGCACAGUAGCUUUGAAACAUUUUAUGUGUUUCAUUUGUUAUGCUGCAGUCAAGCACUAAUUUGUGUCUUUAUAGUUCAAAUUAUUAAAGAAUUUUGUUUUAAAUAUAAA